GUCAAAGCCAGCUCCAAUCGUCAAGAUUGUCAAACGUUUGUUUUACAUGGUGAAAAUCAUACGCUUGGAAAUGCUGUUCGAUAUCUCAUUAUGAAAAAUCCUGAGACGAAACUUUGUGGCUACAGUGUCCCCCAUCCGUCACAACAUAAGAUAAAUCUGCGAAUAGAAACGAAUAAUGAAAAAGAUGCUAUUGAAGUAUUUCGUACUGGAUUACAAGAUUUGGAUCAAGUUUGCGAUCACGUUCUGAAGACGUUUGAUGUAAGUAUACCUUUUGGCUAA